AUGCAGGCGACAUUUCAAAAGGUGCUUAAUAAUGUGACGGACUCAGUCAAAUCGCUUAAAGCGAAAAACGCUGAUGAUUCCGAUCUUGUUAUGCUCAAUGCUGACACAAGUGGCAUAGCCAAAGUGCUAAUUAUUGGGGAGACAGGCAGUGGAAAAUCAACUUUCAUCAACUAUUUGACCAACUAUUUUCGUCAUGGUAAUUUAGAUCAGUUACGAAUUUCCAUCCCAUCUAAACAUCAUCCAUUGGUCACUGAAAAUUUUACCCAUGAGGAGACCAAUGUAAGCGACUCGACCCAAUCGCAAACGAAUUCAUGUCAUCAAUAUUUAUUCACUGAUUCUAGACAAAACAACAAAAGAUAUUUGUUUUUGGACACCCCCGGAUUGGGCGAUGUACGCGGCGCUCAGCAAGAUGCGGCUAAUAUGCAUGCAAUCAUCAAGGCAAUUCAAGACCUUGGUGGUCUGUCGGUGGUAAUGAUUGUAAUGAAUGGAGCAAAUGCACGAUUGACCACUAAUGUGCGAACUGUCAUCACUUACCUUUGGGGCAAUUUACCAGAUGCGAUCAUGGAAUCCGUUAUUGUUGUUCUUACGAAUGCCAAACGCCAUGCGGCGAACACUGAUUUGAAGGUUUUGCAAUUGCGUGGUAAUGUCUACCCCUUUUACAUGCAGAAUUCAGCAUUUUCAAAAGACCCGAAAACUUGGGAUCAUGAACAACGUGAAUCUUUACAGAAAGACUGGGACGAUUCAAUGUAUGAAGUCAAACGAUUAUUGGAAACUGUUGAUAAGUUCACAAUUCAGUCGGUUACCGCUUUUAACAACAUGAUUGACAUUCGUAAUCAAAUAAAAGCCAUGCUUCAUGAUGCUCGUCUACGAAUUAGUGAGAUUCAAAAGAUGCAAGAUGAAAUAGCCGCCUAUGAAGAAGCAGUCAAGAAAUAUGGUGACGAUCAAGUGAAAUUCAAAGAUUUCACUAAAACAGUUCAAAAUAAACCACAACUUGUUGAUGCACCUUAUCACAGUACGCUAUGCGAAUCGUGUAAUUUUGUCUGUCACGAUCAUUGUGGUUUGAAUGAAACUGUAACAAAAGGUGAUCAAAUUUUUAUUGGAUGUUGGGCGAUGGGUGGUAUGAAUAAGUGCCGGCAAUGCCCCCAAAAGUGUUCGUAUACUGAGCAUUAUCAUGCCAAGAAAACAAUGAAAAUGGCUUCGGGGACGACGGUUGAAAUCAUUCAAGAUAUCAAAGCUCAAUACGAUAGUGCCACAUCAAACAUAAACAAUGCCAAGACAAAAAUUAAGACAGGAGCAGAUGCAAAAAAAGUACUGGAACAGGCCCUAAAACAUUUAACUGAUUCAAUCAUAAAAAAGUGUCGUGAUUUAAAAUCGAUAUGUGGAAACUUCAAUUUAGCAGCAGAACUUAUCAACUUCAUCGACAAACUAGAAAAAGAAGCAUUAACCCUACAUAGCAUCGACGCGAAACAACAAGCCGACAGUUUCAUUCGAGGACUUAAAGCUUUAUGUGAACAGAUCAAAGACGAGCGAGAUAGAAAUGCACCUCCCGCCAUUCAAAUGAAUUUGAUCGAUAGUUAUACCACCCGUGCGACUUCAGCUAUCUCAGUUUCGAAACCAUUGAAUGACGCAACAGCAUCAGUACUUACUCCAAAAUAUUGUGUAGGUGGGUCAGCUGAUGAUAAAUCGAAGAAUAAUCCAGCAGCGGCCUCACUUAUGCAGGUUCAACAACCAAUGCUACGACAGUAUUUUCCUUUCGGUUCUUCUACUUUAAGUGCAACAAGUGGUAUUAGCGAUGAUAGUGAUUUAUCUACCUUGGAAUCGACCCAUGAGGAUAACUUGGCGACUCCAGAGAUAACAACGAAAAACGAGGCUAUCUUCAUUGCUAAUUUACCUUCUACUACAACUAAAACCCAACUAUUCAAAGUAUUCUCGCAAGCCGGUCGAAUUAAACGUAAUCAGGCUCGACAGCAGGUUGUGCCUUCACCUUCUUCAUGGCCUGUUGCUGAUGGCAAUGAGAGUCCACCUCCACCAUCAUACUCUCAAAUUAAUCGAGGUGGUGACCAACUUCAUAAAAUAAGCGGUUCUUCUGCUUCGCAAAGAAAGGUGCAACAUUGUUAUGGUAGACCACUUAUGAUUAAUCCACUGACAUUACUACCAACCAGUGGUCAACAAGAUGAUGCAUAUGAAAGAUUCGACGAUGACGAUUAG